AAAACCUACCAAACAUCUUUUUUUACCAUUGCCGCCAUUUUUUUGUGGUUUUCCUGUUUCGCAAUUAUUUGGCUGAUUAUUGUUUAAUUACAUGUUAAUAGUAAACUGUAGUAAUCUUUAAUAAGUGUUUGUGCAGAAGAAUAAAAUUGUUGCACCUCGUCUUACAAAGGAAUAACUUGCCUCAUCCUAAAAGCACUCAAUUUUUUGGUAAAAUGAAGCGAGAUGCGUACGGGGAAGAAGGGCCCGCGCAAAAGCGGCCGCGGCAGACAGACGACGAAGUCACCUUCCUUAUACCGAGCAAGGUCGCCGGCUCGAUCAUUGGGAAGGGCGGCGCGAACAUCUCGAAGCUAAGGAAUCAGUACAAAGCCUCUAUAACAGUCCCAGAUUGCCCCGGCCCCGAACGGGUACUCUCGAUAACGGCGCCGGAUGUCGACACGAUUCUGGAAAUCGUAAAAGAAAUACUGCCAUGUUUGGCUGAUGGAGGUCCGAAGAGUAGCAACGAAGAUUUGGACGUUCGUCUACUGAUCCACCAAAGCCGUGCAGGCUGCGUUAUCGGCAAAGCAGGGGCUAAGAUCAAAGAGCUGAGAGAGAAAACCGGUGCUCGACUGAAGAUAUUCUCGAACCCGGCGCCGCAGAGCACGGAGCGAGUGGUGCAGCUGGUGGGCAAGGCCGACGCAGUCGCCGCCGGCGUGCGGGAGGUGCUCGACCUUAUACGACAGGUGCCCAUCAAAGGCGCAGUUCAGAACUACGACCCGCACAACUACGAUGACUUUUACGCGGAUGAAUACGGAGGCUUCGGCAGCGGACAGGGAGGCGGCGGCCCCGGUCCCCGCGGGGCUGGUGGCCCGCGCGGCCCUCCCCGGGGCCCGCCACGCGGCAUGCCACCCAUGGGUCCCACCGGCCGGGGGCCCGCUCCUAGAGGCCCGCCGCUAGGCCGCAACGGACCGCCCGGCGGUCCUAGAGCAGCUUUUAACGAUUUCGGGGGCCCUGGUCCUAGAGCUAGCUUCAGUGGGCCCCCGCGUGGUGCCUUCGGUGGCGGCGGUGGUGGCGGAGGCGGCGGCGGCGGCACCAGCUUUGGGGGAGGAAACUUCGGCGGGGGCCGCGCGGGGGGAGGGGGCGGCAACUUCGGCAAUAACGGCGGCAGCCAGCAGGACACCACCACACAAGUUACCAUUCCGAAAGACUUGGCGGGCGCGAUAAUAGGCAAGGCCGGCUCGCGCAUACGUAAGAUCCGCGCGGAGAGCGGCGCCGGCAUCGAGAUCGCCGAGCCGCUGCCCGGCUCCACCGACCGCAUCAUCACCAUCACCGGCACCCCGCAGCGCAUACAGAUGGCGCAGUACUUGUUGCAACAGAGUGUGCACGAGAGUAACCCGAAUCUCGGCGGUCGAGGCAACUUCUGAUCGCUACAGCGACUGCCAAGUGUUGUUGGUAAAAUUAUAUAAAGCUUUACUUUAGUCACCUCAAAUCACGUCAUUAAUUUUAUACAGUAUAGAAUCUGCGAGGCUCACCUAAUUAUAUAUCUGUACAUAGUGACAAAGCCUUACCAGGAAAAUAUAGUUUUCUAUAAAUAAAUUACACUAUACGCAACAUAACGUACCUUGUUUUUAAUGAAUUCGAAUUUGUACUUGUUUUAUUUAAAUAAUAAUAAGCUGUAUUUAUCUUGGUUUUAAUGCACUAUCCUACACGGUUGCAGCAUGAGUGUAAUUAUUUCUCUGGUCGGGUUUUAGCUAUUUAAGAAUGCAUUUAUCAUUAUUAAUAAUAAUUGUUGAGAGAUAUAACUAAGAUUGUGUCAAUGGAUUUACCGAUUUAUUUGUUACAUCGAUGUAUUUUUAAGUGAUAGCAAAUAGAAAUGGCAAAUAAAUAGUUUAUUUUGUGAA